AUGAGCCGAGCGCCUCUGGCUGCCAUCGGUUGCACCACGUGGGGAAGUCUGCAGGAAGGACGAGACAAAUAUCACGAGGUCGCACUCGUCUCAUCAUUAUCAGAUGUCUGUGUACGAUCGACAAAAACGGUUCCGGUUCCUAGAAUUUCAGUCAUUAAUACUGGAACUGAGACAGGAAGUCACAUUGCUAGAACUCUUAUCAAAAAUCCGUUGCAUUCUUUUGUUAAACUACAGAGAAGAUGUAAAGGAUUGUAUGAUCUUCAAAUGACCGUUAUGACUAGACAAGAUGAAUCAAUUAGGGUUUCGAGCAGCGGUGGCACUUAUCUCGAAGUUCCAAAAGAAAAUUUCGAAACACCCUUUCAACGAUCCAGAUCGGAGUUGAGUUGUGCUCCGCUGAGCAAUUCUGCACUUCUAAGAAGAGCAUCAACUGGAAGUAUUCCAAAUAAUCCUCGGCCAUUCAUUGAAUCCAAAACCAACGCGGAAGCCAAUAUCGAAGUCUACAUUCCAAACGACUUGAUGUCAAUUUCGAAGCUGAACGAAUCGCAGGAAACAAUUGACGAAUGCGGUUGUUCAGCCGGCAUGCCGUCACCUUCAUCAUUCUUUACUCCGAAAAUAAACGAAGUGAAAUUGGAUGCUGGAAUUUUAAUAAUGCCGAAUCCGCUAAUGGUGAACCGAUGGCCGAAUGAGAAUGUGAAAAGGAAAUCAAAAACUGCAAUAGCGAAUUUCGGAGAAAUUCAAAAAUGGGUUCGAUAG